AUGCUUUUUGCUGAUGAUAUUGUAUUAGUAGCUGAGUCUCGGACCGAGGUUAAUGUCAACCUCGAACGGUGGCGUACAUCGCUAGAGGGUUAUGGAUUGCGAUUGAGUCGUUCUAAAACUGAGUAUUUAUGGGCCAAUUUCAGUGAGGAGAUUCAUGAGGAGGAUGUAAUUGUAUGCAUCGCGGAGGUCCGUGUACCACAAACGAGUACUUUUAAAUAUUUGGGUUCGAUGAUUCAGAGUAAUGGUGAUAUUUCUGCGGAUGUGACUCAUCGUAUUUUGACAGGAUGGUUACGCUGGAGGUCUGCUACUGGUGUGUUGUGUGACAAAAAUGUACCGUUGAAGUUGAAGGGUAAAUUUUAUCGGGUGGCAAUUAGACCGUCAUUACUAUAUGGUUCUGAGUGUUGGCCAUUGUGA